UUAAAGCGCGUUCACGUCAUGUUUACCUCGUAAAACGAUAAAAGUCGAAGUUACACGAACACGGUAAUGCUCUUGAAAUUGUCAUUUGAUGUUAAGUUAUAAAAUGUCAAAAAAAACUUAAUACAUAAAAUUAUAUGAGCUUAAAAUUGCAACAAUAUGACAGCUGACCCGGUGUGUUGAAAGUAACGGUUAUCAUAGCCUGACGGACAGACAGUGCGCUUCCUCUUAUUUGUUGGUCCGUUAACACGUUUAUUCUUUCUAAGUAAGUUAGCUUUAUGUUGUGCCAAGCGGUUUAAAUGGGUUGGCAGUCUCGAACCCGAACCCUGCAGGUGUUUGACACGGAGUUAACUGCGGAUACGGUCGAGUGGUGCCCCAUACCACAGUGGGCUCAUGUUCUGGCAUGUGGGACUUACCAACAACUUCUGGAAGGAGAUGAUAAGCAGAGGACAGAAGGUUCCGCUGCCCCGAGCAGAAUCGGUCGGCUUUAUCUGUUUGACUGUAAUCCUCAGUCGUCGUUCAUUCCUCCAUUGACGGAGAGUCAGAGAAUAGACACAGCAGCUAUACUCGAUCUCAAGUGGUGCCAUGUACCAAUAUCUGAGCGCCCAUUAUUGGGAAUGGCCACUGCGAGUGGAGAAAUCCAGCUUUACAAGCUUAUCGAAGCUCAGCAGGGCUCCAGUGGUCUGGAGUGUGAGCUGAGCACAGAUUUGGGUCCUGACAGACUGGCCUUGUCUUUAGACUGGUCCACAGGGCGAGGCGAGAGCAGUGAUGUGCGUGUGGUGUCCAGUGACUCCACUGGCUCUCUCACACUGCUGUCUCUGGGGGAAGCAGAUUUAACCGCUGUGUGUCAGUGGAAAGCUCACGAAUAUGAAGCCUGGAUCUCAGCGUUUAGUUACUGGGAUACUCAGACUGUGUAUUCAGGUGGUGAUGACAGCAAACUAAAGGGCUGGGAUCUGAGAAUGGGUUGCUCUUCCCCUACUUUCACCAGCAAAAGGCACACUAUGGGGGUUUGCAGCAUACACAGUAACCCUCAUCGAGAGCACAUACUGGCCACAGGAAGCUAUGAUGAGAAUGUGUUGCUGUGGGAUGGGAGAAACAUGAAGCAGCCCCUGAGUGAGACUGCUGUGGGUGGAGGAGUGUGGAGACUCAAGUGGCACCCCAGUCAAGAGCACCUGCUGCUUGCUGCAUGCAUGCAUAAUGACUUCCAGAUUCUAUACUGCCAGAAAGCUUUGGCGGAUGUCCUCCAGCCGCAACCCAUCACUGGGAAACAACCACACAAACUCAUUCACAGACUUACACUAUGGAUAAUUUAGCUUACCCAAUUCACCUGUACCAUGCACCUAAACCAUGCAUUCACCUAAAACAUGCAAACUCCACACAGAAACGCCAACUGACCCAACAGAGGCUUGAACCAGCGACCUUCUUGCUGUGAGGCGAACAUGUUACCCACUGCGCCACCGUGCUGCCGCAAUUUAAGCAUUUCAAAUGAAUUCUUUUUGUUAUUUAAAGAACACUGGGGAAAAAAUGGAUCAUACGUUCCACAAUAUUCAGGCACACAACACUGAUGAUGACAUGAAGUGUUACAUUGACAUUAAAGCAUCUUAUCAGAAUGAUUUCUGAUCAUGUGACACUGAAGACUGGAGAAACAAUUUACCUUUGCCAUCAUGUAAAUAAAUAACAUAUUAAAACAAAAUGUAGCAAUAUUUGACACUAGUGAUGUUUUCACAGUUUUUUUUUUUACUAAUUAAUUGAACCUCACACUAUCAAGAGUAUCAACAUUAUACACAACUGCAGCAUCAAAAACAAGACUUUCUCCAUCAGUCUCACUGGAAGUAGUAAUGUAGCUUAUCUGGCUUUUUGCCUACUGUUUUAUAAGUAUUAUGAAUUAGAACUUACUAUAUGACCAGCAUACUAUUUUAUUUAUUUAUUUUUGCCAAAUACUGUGUAUGUUGUGUACGGAGUCCCAUACAUGAAAUAAGCUGAUAAUCUGAAUAAGUUGUGUUUGAUUAAAGAGACAUGGAAAAUG